CCACAGGUCUGCCUGUUGUGUCUCUCUACUAUUCUCAUCUACACCGGUGUAGCUGCAAAUCUCAGUGACUGUGAAGGAAUAGGAAAGGUGUGCCAUGUCCAUGCAGACUGUGCCAAAACACGUAACAACUUCACUUGUGUUUGCCUGCCUGGAUACAAUGGCAAUGGACUACAGUGUGACGACAUAGAUGAAUGCACUGUUGGUAUUCACAGCUGCCACAUGCAAGCGCACUGUCAGAACACACCUGGCAGCUACAGCUGUGUGUGCCUGGAUGGAUAUUCUGGAGAUGGCUUUAAGUGUGUGGAUAUUAAUGAGUGUCAAACAGGAAAUGGUGGCUGCCACACUGAUGCAAUCUGCACCAAUACGAAUGGAGGGCGAACUUGCCAGUGUAAGCGUGGUUUCACUGGAAAUGGAUUUCAGUGCACUGAUGAUAAUGAAUGCACUCAGCCAGGAAUCUGCCACUGGAAUGCCAUCUGCACCAACAUCCCUGGUUCAUACAUAUGCUCAUGUAAAUCUGGAUAUAAAGGCAAUGGUAACUAUCUUUGCCUAGAUACAGAUGAGUGUUCAGAAACUCCAGGCGUGUGCCCUGCCUAUUUUGGUUUCACAGGCUGCAAGAAUCUACCAGGAACCUACCAAUGCCUUUGCAGCAAUGGCUACCAGAGCAAUGGGAAAACAUGUGAAGACAUUAACGAAUGUGUAGACAGUAGCUGUAGUAGAUUCUCUAAAUGUGUGAACACUCCUGGUUCUUAUCAGUGCAUUUGCCAGGAAGGUUUCACUGGGAACGGCAUUACUUGCGUGGAUGUCAAUGAAUGCAGUGGGAAGAAUCUCUGUGACCCAAACGCACUGUGCAUCAAUCUGCUUGGCAGCUAUGAGUGCUCAUGUCGCACUGGAUUCCUUGGAGAAGGGUUCCAGUGUACCGACAUUAAUGAGUGUAAAGUAAAUAAUAUAUGCCCAGUUGAUGCAACUUGCAUCAACACUGCAGGUUCAUUCUACUGUGAUUGUGAUCAAGGCUAUAUUUUCAAUGAAACACAAUGUCAGGAUCUGGAUGAAUGCGCAGUAGGACGCUGUAGCCCACAUGCUUCAUGCACAAAUUUUCCUGGCUCAUUCACAUGUGCAUGUCUCCCUGGUUUUGCUGGUGAUGGUUUAGUCUGUGCAGAUGUCAACGAGUGUGCUAUGUCCCAGAAAUGCCCCUCCUAUAGCCUCUGCACCAACUUGCCUGGGAGUUACAACUGCAGUUGCAUGAUGGGCUACACAGGUGAUGGCCUGACGCUGUGUUCAGACAUAGAUGAGUGCCGAACGAACAAUGGUGGGUGCAGUGCCAAAGCCACAUGUGUAAACAGCAUGGGGUCCUUCUCCUGUCUCUGUCCCUCAGGGUUUAACCUAGUCAACAGCACCAUAUGCCAGGACAUAGAUGAAUGCCAGGUACUGGAAAAGCCUUGUAAGACUAAUGAGAAAUGUUUCAAUAAAGAGGGUUCUUAUGAGUGCUCCUGCCAGAUAGGGUUUACUCGUCCCAGUAAGAAUACAGAUUGUUCUGAUAUCGAUGAGUGUCUAAUAUAUCAGUCAUGUCACCCCAAUGCUACUUGUGUCAACUCGGUUGGUUCUUUCAUGUGCAUCUGUAAAAAUGGCUUCAGUGGAAAUGGUACUUAUUGUGAGGAUGUGAAUGAAUGUGCAGCAGAAGGGACGUGUCACCCACAAGCUCUGUGCCAAAACUUCCCGGGUGACUUCUCCUGCCAAUGCCAAAAGGGCUUUGAAGGAAAUGGCUUCACUUGCUUGGACCUGGAUGAAUGUGGGCUAUCAAACACUACCUGCCCUGCUAACUCAGUGUGCAUUAAUUCACCAGGAACGUAUGUGUGCUCUUGUAUGAAUGGUACAUUAGUAUAUAAUAACACCUGUGCUCCACCUAGCAAACGGUGUAGCCCUCCUUGCCAUUCAUUUGGGCUCUGCCACCCUUCACCUUUGGGAUAUCAAUGUGUAUGUGACGUCGGGUUCAAGGGGAAUGGAUUCGUCUGUUCAGACAUUGAUGAGUGUCAGCAGAAUGUGUGUCUCAGGAAUGAGACUGAGUGUGUAAACAGUCCAGGCUCAUUCUCCUGCAUCUGCAAAACGGGUUAUUCUCAAAAUGGAACAGAAUGCAUGGAUGAGGAUGAGUGUACUUCUGGAAAGGCUGAGUGCAGUGAGUUUGCACAGUGUGUCAAUACUGUUGGGAGUCACCUGUGCGUCUGUCUCAGUGGCUUCACUGGAAAUGGAAAAAGCUGCUCUGAGAAUGUACUGUACCCUUAUGGACUUGAGGCUGGUGAUGUGAGGUUACCAAUGUCAAAAGCAGAUGGAAACUCUCCAUACUUUACUCCUCUUGUAGGGUUUUCAUUCAUGGGCAAGCUCUAUGAAAGAUUAUUUUUUUCAGACAAUGGCCUGGUUCAGUUCCAGACGGUCAACACGAAUGAGAAGCUCCUUCUUCCUAAUCCAUUCCCCAAAGGAUUUAGUGGUAAUGAAAGCAUGGCCAUGUUAGCUGUGUUCUGGGAUGAUGCUGACCUCACAUUAGGAGCUGGAAAACUAUUCUACAAGGAAUAUCAUCAGUUGAACAUGUCAGAUGUUUAUUCUCAAAUAGUCUUUAACCGCACACGUAAAGAUGUGACUCAGUUUGAGGUAAAAAGGGGGAAACCUUCAUUCACUCCCACAUGGAUUCUAAAAAUCACAUGGGACCAUGUCCUGCCCAUCUCCUACCAGAAAAUCAACUUAUCUGAGACAAACACAUUCCAAGCUAUCCUGACCACGGACGGUAUUCGCUCUUUUGCCUUACUCCACUACGGCGACAUGAGCUGGGGUCCAGGACAGAGGAUUUACCACAACGCUCUGAUAGGCUUCACUGAUGGCAUCGGCUCCUUCCACAAUGAGAUUCCCAACCCACCCAGCAAUUUGUUUGGCCCAGGUGGUCGUUAUCGACCCCAGAGCAUUGUGGGCAACACAGGUCAUUUGGGGAAGCUUUUGUAUGACCUGACUGGAGUCACAGUGGUCAGCUCAGAUCCUCAGAUGCAGUGUCAGGUAUGGGCUCUGAAGGAGCCAGAACCCAAAGAGUGGACACUAGGGCUGACACCAUGCCCUUGUACUCGUAUCCAGGCACUAGAUGACCUGGCAUUUGGUCCCGAGACCUUGCCAGAGGAGAAUGGCACAUAUGUGCAGAAGCUGCGGAGUCUCCGCUGGGGUGGAACUGCAGGUCAAGUGUUUCAGUCAGUGCUCUUCAACAAACAAAAUGCAGGAAAGAGGUGUGUGUAUGAUCCCCAAGGCCCUCUGCUGGCUGGCUACAGUGAGCGCUAUUUUACCAAUGACAGGAUACAAGAGCACAUUGAUAAGGAUCUCGUACCCUUCCAGUGGUGCUGUGUCCAGUCUUCUUUUUGCCAUCUUUACCUGGCUAAGAGGCCACUAGACCGGUGUCAGGGCUAUGGCUGGACUCGUUUAGACCCCAGCAUUCCAGAAAGCACAGGAGCACCUGGCCUUGGGUUGGCAUACGGAAGCCUCCACUUUGUUACCUUCGAUGGAACAAACUACACCUUCAAAGCCAUAGGAGUGUUUGUAAUCGUGCGUCUUUCCUCCAGUAAAGGCUCCAAUGUCUUCACUCUGCAGGGAGAGACAGGGGUGCUUGAGAAUAAUGGGCAGCCCAGUCAAGUUCCAGCUUUAGUACGCUUAGCUGCAUAUCACCAGGCCUUCGGCAAGGUGGAAUGGCGAAUCUCUGUGUCUGAAGAGAAGCUUGUUGUACUCAUCAAUGAUGUGGCGUUUCCUGUUUUUCCAGGUGUAGUACAUUUUGUACAACAAGGCUUUGCAUUGCGCUGUCCCUCUGUGCAGCGCUGUACAGCCGUCUGUGAAGGAGGAUUGAAAGUGUCUGUGUGGAUGGCAGACGCCAGGAGACUCUCUACUCUGGUGGAGGUCCCACAAAGCUUUUUCAACCGCACAGUGGGCCUCCUGGGCCUCUGGAGCUCUGACACUUCUGAUGACUUUCUCCUCUCCAAUGGACACUUGCUGUCUUCACCUGACAACAACCCCCCCUCUGAGAACAGACUUCUGCUCUUCGGCCAGUCAUGGGCCGUCCCUCUUCCAGAGAGGCUUCUAUUCACUACUCCACCCCUUACACCCUUUCAAGCUGUGAGCACAGAGGAAUUGAUGGUAUCAGUUAGCCCAGACACACUGGCCAGACUUCAGGAGACGUGCCAAAGCAGCAUGCAAUGUGUACAUGACAGCCUAGCCACAAACAACACCGAUCUGGGCCUACAGAGCCUGCAGGAUCAAAAGCUAAUCUACAAGCUCGCUGUUACCUUUGGGAACAUGCCACCCAUUUUGAGUGAACCCACAGUGAUCCGCUGUAAGGUGAACAUUACAGUGAGAGUGCAGUUUGUAGCACAGGAUGCUAACAGAGACUCCAUCAGCUUCUCCCUGCUCUAUCCACGACCACCUUUGGCCACUAUAGGAAGAGAUGAUGGAGUUUUAGUGUGGAGACCAUUAAAUAUUCAGCCCGUGCUGCUCACUGUGCAGGUGAGUGACCAAAUGUCCAGCUCUGUGCUUAUCCCCAUUGUGCAGCUCUGCAGCUGUCUGAACGGAGGAACCUGCCAGUACCAGAGUGUGGCAGAGAACCACUUGCAGGGUAAAUUCCAGAUUGUAGGGUGUUUGUGUCCACCAGGUUUUGGUGGAAGAUACUGUGGGAAUAGAACUGAUGUGUGUAAAGGCAAGCCUUGUUUCCCUGGAGUGGACUGCUUCAAUCAGAGAGAAGGGGACAGUUUUAGCUGUGGAGAAUGUCCUCCCCACACUGUCUCUAAUGACAAAAGAGGUUAUAAAUGCUUUGAGAAUGAUUUCUGCCUUCCUCCUUUUCGCUUUCCUUGUCAUGAGAUGGCAGACUGCUACAGUACCGGUUAUAACUACACGUGCCACUGUAAGCCUGGCUUUUCUGGUGAUGGACGUGAAUGCACAGAUAUAGAUGAGUGUCAGAACCCUGAAACCUGCCCUAAUGCAAAGUUUGAGUGUGUGAACACACCUGGCUCAGUGUACUGCUCCUGCCGCUAUCAGAGAUCCCUGGAGUCCAGUGGCUGUGGUGAUUCUCCAAAUCCUACAGGGUGGAAUAUUUUCAAUGUCUCCAUCACCUGGAGCAGUCAAAAGCCUAGACAACAGCAAGUGAAGCAGCUGGAGCAAAUCCUUUCAAUGGGUUUCCAGAAUAAAUUCUACAGUGCCAGAAUAUUGCUGCCGGACUCAGGAUCAGAAGAAGGGAAUGAGUACAGAAUCAAUGUGUCCAGUGACACUCCUCAUUGGUACAUCAUGGACUACCUGAGCCGAGUCGGUCACUACUACAGCAUUACAUCUACCUAUGUAGAAGACCUAGAUGAGUGCUACACCAAUGAGACUGUGUGUAAACACCCAGCUGUGUGUUACAACACUUAUGGUGGCUACAGAUGUGUGUGUAAUGGCAAUGACAUGAAGGACGCGCAGUCUUGCAUGUUAGAGAGGGAUGGGCUGAUAGAUGGUGCAACUCAGAAAGAUAAUAAGUCCUUGAUUCUUGGCUUGGUCCUGGGCAUCGGUAUCCCCCUCCUCCUGCUGCUGCUGUUGGCCGCUCUGGCCUGCUUCUGCUGCUGUCACAGGAGACCCGUCACUGGAGAAAUUCCUCACUUACUGCCAGAAUAUGUACAAGAACAUUUCAGCUCUCAUUUCAACUACAGCAAUCCUGCUCUGCAUUACAAGAGGCACUGCAGCCCACGUGUCCUUGACAACAUCACACCCAGAAACAAAUGUCACAAUCCAGUUUGUCCCACUUCUGCCACCUGCGCUGUCUGAAGUUAUAUGCAUGCAGAGGGGGAGAAGAUAAUUAUAUAAAAGAGAAUAGCUAUAAAAUAUUAAUGACUGCUGUUUUAAUGUUUUUAUCUGCACUUUGAUCAAAUGGAAAACAUAUUAAUUACACAUGCAGGCAUGUACAGCUGCGUAAAAUGUUAGAUGUGUACUAUGAUUGUCCACUGAUCCUAUAUAAAAUACAUUUAAAUGUA